AUGACUUUUCAAGUGAGAGAAGUCUUCUCCGGUCGUUCGGUUCUUCUAACUGGCGCUACUGGAUUUCUUGGUAAAGUGAUUGUUGAAAAACUUUUGUGGACGAUUGAUGAUAUUGAGAGAAUUUAUGUUAUUAUUCGAGAUCAAAAAGGGAAAAAGGCUCAGGAGCGUUUGGUGCACAUGUUGAAUGUGAGUAUUUUUACCCUGGACUAUUUUUUGCAAACAUUCGCGGUAGCUCUAUGCUGCGACCCUUGCUGAUUGAACUUUCUAGGUGCGGCUUCUUGACAACUAGGAUUUCUAGUCUAUGUUACUUGCUAUAGAAUCUGUAUAGGCAUUCAUUUUCUACGUAUCAAAAAUUCAGAAUACAAGUUGCACCUUUUGAAACCACGACCUUAAAAAAUAUUUCAGGAUCCUCUCUUUGGCCGUCUCCAUGAAAACAAGCCACAUCAAUUCGAAAAAAUCAUCCCAAUCUCUGGGGAUAUGAUGGAAGAAAAUUUAGGAAUUCAACCACACGAUUUGAAAGCUAUUUGCGAUGAAGUAAGCAUUCCCUUUCUAGAAAUCUAAUUCAUAAAUCUUCUCCAGGUUAGCAUCGUUAUUCAUAGUGCUGCCACAGUUAAAUUCGACGAACAUCUUCGAACCGCAGUUAAUAUGAAUGUUACUGGUACAACUAGAAUGAUUGCACUUUGUCAUAAAAUUAAUAAGCUUGUUUCAUUUGUUCAUGUUUCAACUGCUUAUGCAAAUUGUGAUCGUUUUGAAACUGCGGAGGAGGUAUUUUAUGAUAUCUGGAUUCAUUCUGAUGUUUUUUGUAGAUUUAUACUCCCCCAGUUGCUCCACAAAAAUUGAUGGAUGCUUUGACUUGGAUGGAUGAUGAAGACUUGAGCAAAAUUACUCCGAAACUUCUUGGAGCUCGUCCAAACACAUAUACAUUGACAAAAGCUUUGGCUGAAACUCAAAUGGAAGUCGAUUCAUCUGGCUUGCCAGUUAUUAUCAUUCGCCCAUCAAUUGUUGGUGCAAUGUGGGGUGGACCACUUCCAGGAUGGACUGAUAAUAUCAAUGGGCCAACUGGAAUUUUCACAGCGGUUAGUUUGAUCACAUGAUUGAUUGAUUUGCGAACAGUCACAAGAAAUCGGAGAAAGUUUUGCCGAGAAAAAAGUUCGGACGGAAAUUGAUAAGAGCAACAAAAGAAAAGAAUUUAGAGAUUGCUCUAUCAAAAAAAAAAGAAUUGAGAGACCGGUAUUAAUCGAUAGCAAAAAACAGUGAGAAUUUGUUUAGGAUUGGGAAAUAAUAAUAAACUGAUUAGACGAUUGUUUAUCAAUUUUUGAAGUGAAAACUGUCAGAAGUAUCAGGGUAGAUUUUAGUCAGAAAAUAAGGCUGCGAGGAAUGAGCACAAAAAAUGAUGGAACAUAUGAUAAAUUAAUUUCUUAUUGUUAAUGAAAAAACAACUUAAAAUACAUACAGAAUGAAUCGGAAUAAUAAAAAAAAGUUUUUGCGAAAUCUAAAUAUAUACAAAUUUUCACAAAAUUCAAUAGUCCCCAAAUAUUUCAACCUCAAAAUCAUCCCAAACAUUUCCAGGUCGGAAAAGGAGUUCUCACAAACAUGUGUGGAAGUGUCGAAUCAAAAGCCGAUAUCAUUCCAGUCGAUGUUGUUGCCAAUAUGAUCAUUGUUGCCGCAGGAUACCGUGCUUCCGAAUCUUUCGACCAUAUCCCAAUUAUUCAUUGCUCAUCUGGUGAACUCAAUCCUUUAUAUUGGGAAACUGUUGUCAUUUUCUUGGAACAAUUUUACAAAAAGGUAUUUUUUUUCUUAAAGAUUUUUGAACUUUUUUUCCCUAACAAAAAAGUUUACAGUAUCCAAUGUUGGAAUGUUAUGGUGUUCCAUCUACACAAUUCCAUCAAUCUAGAAAAUGGUUUUUGGUGAAUUAUUAUUUGAAACAUCAAAUUCCCGCGAAAAUUUUGGAUGUAAUCUACGGACUUAUUGGCAAAAAACAAACGUAAGUUCAAUUUUUUUAGAAAAUGAAAAAAAAAACCAAACCAAACCUGUUUAGAAAUGUUCGACUUUAUGGUAAAAUUUGGAAAAUGAUCGAAGCCCUUCAUUUCUUCACAACUCGUGGAUGGCAAUUUAAUGCAAAAGGUUUACCACAACUUAUCACAAAAAUGUCAACGGAAGACAAAAACACAUAUAACUUUGAUAUUCGUACUUUGAAUUGGGAAUCAUAUUUAUUCGAUUAUGUUAUGGGUAUCAAAAAGUAUAUUCUCAAAGAGAAAAUUGAUAAUGUUCACAACGCAAGAAGAAAUUUGAACAGGUUGGUUAUUGAAUUAAACCUGUUCGAGAGCAUUAGGCCCAGAAUUUUCUGAAAAAGGUAAAGAUCAGGGUGACUACAUUUUCAGUAAUGAGAAUUUUAAAAAACCAUCUGAAAAUAUAGUCCAAAUCUGAUUAGACCAUUUAGAGCGAUCCUGGUUCCCCAAGACUUUCAAAAUUCAUACAUCUCAUCUGAUUAAUUUUCAGGUUACGUAUACAACGUGGAUUGUUUGCUGCUUUAGGAUAUUAUUUGGCAAUUCGUGUUGUUGGACGCAAAUGGAAAACUCAAACAAAAGUAAAUUUGUGUGGGAUAAAAACAUUUAUUCAGAACAAGUCAGAACCAAUCUCUAAAAGUCAGAAUUACCUGAAAAUAGUCAGAAGAGUCAGAAGAUUUUUUUCUGACUGCUACAUAGUAUAAUCAAAUUCUGAAUGUGAGAAAAACAUAUGAAAAAAGGCAACAAACGCAGAAAUUUUGCAAAAAAUCAAACUUUUUUCCAGUGGCUCACAUGGAUCGCAGCAAUGGUUUCCUCCUACACUUAUGCUGAAGUCAAUUUCAGAAGACCUGUCAAUUUGAAAUCAUUAGAAGAAUACAAAAGAACUUCUGAUUAUAGGCAAUAUGUUUAA